GGAGUAAUAAGGAAAGGAACAAGACAAGAUCAUGAAAGGAAAAUACGUGAUCAUGUGAUCUCACCAGUAGAUUCUCCCCCGGACCAAUCACAACGCGGCUAGAUAGACCGCCCUAAAUGUUGAGUUCCCAACGAGAUCCUCUAUGACUCUGGUGUACUUUUACUACUGCUCUUCUCUUCUCUUUCUCUCUUCUCUAUCAUGGUCUCUCGCCUACAGACACCAUGGCGGGCAAAGUACACAUCGCAGACACCCCCCUCACCCGUGGUAACUGGCACAAACAUGUCAAUUGGCUCAACACCUUUUUCAUCCUGGGAAUUCCCUUGUACGGUUGCAUCCAGGCCUUCUGGGUGCCGCUGAGGCUCAGUACCGCUGUCUGGGCUGUUCUCUACUAUUUCUUCACUGGAUUGGGCAUCACGGCUGGAUAUCACCGUCUAUGGGCCCACUGCUCCUAUUCCGCGACUCUUCCUCUCCGUAUCUGGCUCGCGGCCGUUGGUGGUGGCUCGGUCCAAGGCUCGAUCCGCUGGUGGGCACGUGGCCACCGGGCUCAUCAUCGCUACACGGACACGGAAAAGGACCCCUACUCGGUUCGGAAGGGCUUCCUCUACUCGCAUCUCGGUUGGAUGGUCAUGAAACAGAACCCCAAGCGGAUUGGACGGACAGACAUUUCUGAUCUCAACGAAGAUCCGGUUGUGGUCUGGCAGCACCGUAACUAUAUCAAAGUAGUCUUGACCAUGGGUCUGGUCUUCCCCAUGCUGGUGGCAGGGCUUGGUUGGGGUGACUGGUGGGGUGGCUUUAUCUACGCAGGCAUAUUGCGUAUCUUCUUUGUUCAGCAAGCCACCUUCUGUGUCAACUCAUUGGCUCACUGGCUUGGUGACCAGCCGUUCGAUGACCGGAACUCUCCUCGUGACCAUGUCUUUACCGCACUGGCUACUCUGGGCGAGGGAUACCAUAACUUCCAUCAUGAGUUCCCAUCAGACUACCGCAAUGCGAUUGAAUGGCAUCAAUAUGAUCCCACCAAAUGGUCCAUCUGGGUGUGGAAGCAGCUUGGCCUGGCAUACAACCUGAAGCAGUUCCGUGCCAACGAAAUCGAAAAGGGCCGCAUCCAACAACUCCAGAAAAAGGUCGAUCAGAAGCGCGCCAAACUCGACUGGGGCAUUCCCCUGGACCAGUUGCCCAUCAUGGAAUGGGACGAUUACGAGGAGCAGGCCAAGAGCGGCGGUCGUGCUUUGGUGGUCAUUGCCGGCGUUGUUCAUGAUGUCACCGACUUUGUCAAGGAUCACCCUGGCGGCAAGGCUAUGAUUAACUCCGGCAUUGGCAAGGAUGCGACCGCCAUGUUCAACGGUGGUAUCUAUUACCAUUCCAAUGCGGCUCACAACUUGCUAUCUACUAUGCGUAUUGGCGUUAUUCGUGGCGGUAGUGAGGUUGAGAUCUGGAAACGCAACCAGGUCGAGGGCAGCAAGUACAUUCGCGAUGGAUCGGGCCAACGCAUCACUCGCGCCGGUGAGCAGAUCACCAAGAUGCCGGCGCCUACACCGACUGCGGGUGCCGCAUGAUCUUCUCUUCUGUAUUCUAUUUAACGGUUCUAACGCAUUUGUGGCGUUUUUCAAGUGGGUUCAAAUUCGAAUUUUCGGGGUCGGGGUUAGCCAUGUAUUUUUUGAAGAAAAUUUUCUAUAGCUUUUGCUGCAUCUAUUACUUCAUAUGAAAUAAGUUCUUGGUUAGACAUUCAAAUCUACAAUACCUACUAUAGCCCUGUUUAUUGGACUUUCUGUGCCUUGUCUGAACAUCUG